AUGAAGUUUAUGAAGGAAAUCUUGUCAAAGAAAAAGAAGUUGGAGGAUUAUGAGACAAUGGUGCUUACUGAGGAGUGCAAUGCUAUUUUGCAUAAGAAACUACCUCCCAAGCUUAAAGAUCCAGGUAGUUUCGCGAUUCCUUGCUCAAUAGGAGAUUCUGUUAUGACCAAGGCCUUAUGUGACUUAGGGGCUAGUGUAAAUUUAAUGCCCUUAUCUAUUUUUCGGAAGCUGAAAUUGGGAGAAGCUAGCCCCACUAUCGUGUCCUUACAAAUGGCAGACCGCUCUGUUAAGCAACCUCGUGGAGUAAUUGAGGAUGUCUUAGUUAAGGUUGGUAAAGUUAUCUUCCCUGCUGAUUUUAUUAUUCUAGAUAUGGAGGAAGAUGCAAACAUUCCCAUCAUUUUGGGAAGACCAUUCUUAGCCACAGGGAGAGCACUAAUUGAUGUACAAAAGGGGGAGUUGAAGCUGCGAGUGCAAAACGAAGAUGUAACAUUUAAUGUUUUUGCAACAACUGAUAUUCCAACUUGUUGUAGAGUGGAUGUGGUUUGUAGUGGUGGUACUAAUUUGGAAACCACCAAGAGAAAAACCAAUGCAGAAAUUGGUAGUCGAGCAGUUCGUCAUUGUUUGUAA